UGCAAUUCGACUUUGCCGCGGAUCUUGUCCAGCACCGGCGCCGCCGACAACGUUGCGCACCAUGGGAGAGACAAAGGAAAAGGUCACAUGCAUGCAUUGCACGCGGGACUUGACCCGGAUGAUUCGCAUUACGUGUGCGGAAUGUCCUGUGACACCGUCCGAGAAAGGGCCGGUCGUCCUGUGCAUUGAAUGUUUCUCUUCGGGGGUGGAGGAAGUACCUGGCGUGCCAGGACACCGCAAGAACCACUCGUACAUGGUGUCGGAUUGCUUAUCGUUUUCCAUUCUCGACAGCGAGUGGACUGCUGACGAGGAGCUGUUGCUCUUGGAGGGGAUCGAGAUGUUUGGCAUGGGGAACUGGAAGGAUAUUGCCGAGCAUGUCGGUACCAAGACAGACAAAAAGUGCGAAUCGCACUACGUGGUCAACUACUUGAAGCUGUCGAUGACGCCCGACUCACCUGAAAAGCAGUCCCGUUCCAAUGCUGCCACGAACGCCGCAGACGACGACAAAGAAAAGAUGGGCAGUGCGUUGGCGGGGUACAUGCCGCUACGUGGAGACUUUGAUGUUGAGCACGACAACGAUGCCGAACUCAUCCUUGCCGACAUGGAGUUUUCCGAGGACGACCACCCGACCGAACGCGAACUCAAGUUGAAAGUUAUCGCCAUCUACAACGCCAAGCUCGACGAGCGCGAGCGGCGCAAAAAAUUUGUGAUCGAGCACCAGUUGCUAGACUACAAAAAGUACCAGCAAAACGAACGCCGCCGGCCCAAGGACGAGCGGGAACUGGUCAUGCAACUUCGGCCGUUUGCCAGGUUUCAUUCCAAAGAAGAACACGAUGCCCUUGUCGGUGGGCUAGUCGCCGCGAUGCGGUUGAGAAAGCAAAUUGCGCUGCUCCAAGAGUACCGUCGCCAUGGCAUCCGCACGCUGGCUGAAGCCGAGUUGUACGAACAAGACAAGCGAAAACGCGAAGUCGACCAGGCGCUGCAAAAGUCCCGCGAGAGUGCAUCGUAUUUGUACGAAUCGAAAGGAAACUCGGCCAAGCGCCACAGCCGAUGGCUCAGUCGCGGGCAAGACGGCGCCAAUGCAAGAGGUGACGGGAAUACCCCAAACGAUAAAGCAUGCCUCGCACUCGACGGCGCCCCUGGUGCCCAUUUGCUGACUCCAUCCGAAAAGGAGUUGUGCUUGAAAAUGCAAUUGCUGCCAAAGCAAUAUUUGGUGAUCAAGGAAGCGUUGGUUCGAGAAAGCUUUCGGCUGGGCCACUUGGACCCAACCGCGGCGCAGAAAAUCGUGAAAAUUGAUGCGACCAAGACCGGGACCAUUUACGAUUUCUUUGUGCACGCCGGCUGGGUGAAGAAGGCCGCCGGCCCCACCCUCCAAGCGGUGGAAUCGUCCCGCUCGACCGGUGACGGCGCAGUGGCUGUGGACACGUCGAACGAGAUAGUGCAGCCGUCGCGUGCGAAAAAGGCCAAAACCACUGAAGUAUAGAUUUUCUGUUCCACCACAUGGACGACG